AUUGGUGAAGAAUAUGCCCUUGUGCAGAAUGCUUCUAUUAAAGUGAUGUAUAUUUGUACUACACUUGAGCUUAGCCAAAGGCUGAGAAGCAAUAAAAAUGAUAAAACAACAAAUCAUUUCAAUGACAAAGCACCUUCAACUAAGAAACUUUCAACUAUGCUGAAAAAUUUAGGAGAUAGAUUUUCCUUCUCAUUUGAAAGGAUUUAAAGAAGAAAUAAAAUGGCAGAGGUUUAAAGUUAAUGUUCAGGAUGAAUGAUGACAAUUCACAUGACAAGACAGAAGAUGAACUGCAAUCCUUGUUUAUCAGUGAUAAAAAUGGGAACACAUAUGCAUACAACCAGAAAUCACCACAAAAGUCUUCCAUCAAUACUAUGAAUUGGAAUUCUGAAAACACAGAUGACAUGGUGGUUGAUUAUGAAAGCAACUCUGCCGUGGACAUUGGUCAAAAUAUUUCUUUAAAACCUCAGUGUGUUGAGGCACUUAGUCACCAAAAAUCUUCAAGUGAUUUCACUGGUAAGGAGGUAUUAGACAGCCCGAAGGAUUCUGAACAUUGUUCUUUUGCACAUGGUGUAAAUACUAAGGAUCCCAAGUACCUGUGUGGCAACUCUGAUUCCCUAGAAAUAUUUCAGGACCGGAGUGUUGAGACAUCUAUGCCUUUUAUGUGGAAACCAAACAAUGACUUCAGCUGUACAGACUACCCGACUGCCUUGGAGCUAAACCAGACCUUUGAUAUGAGAGUGGAUAAAGUAAACUGCACCUUUAUCACAUGUCAUGAUGGUGGAAAGAGUUCUUCUUUGCACACCUCUGGAAGUCUACAGCCAACUGAUGUAACAAGUGGAAAAGCAUCUUUAUCCUGUUCCACUUGUACAACUUCCCAUUUUGAUAAGAUGCAUGUGAGAGAAAUGAGUAGUGACAGGGGCAGCUUUGAAAACCCUCAAACCACAGCAUCAGCGGCCCAAGAUACAACUUACACAGCAUUUUCUGAUGUGGUGAUGCAAACUGAUGUUGUUGUUCCAGAUAUUGGAAGUCAGUGUCAAUAUUCUUCAGGAAAGGUUACCAGUGAAUUCACAGACGGGUCACAGCAAAGACUAGUUGAAGAACAAGAGAUACAAAGUCUAACACCAGUUUCUGAUGGCAUGGAGGUUCCCAGUGGGUCUGUAUUACAAGAGUUCUUUUGUUUAUCUGAAGAUGAACCAAAUAGUGAGACACAUUCACCCAGCUCAUAUGGGCAAAAGGAAAUGGGCCAAAAUCUAAGAGAAACAGUGUCCAAUUGUAUUAUCGAUGAUGAAUGCCCUCUGCUGGUGCCAACUUUUGAUAAAAGUGAUGCCCAAGUGCUGGACCCAGAGCAUAAAGUCACUGUGGCUGAAGACGCACAUAUUGCCUCCAAUGAAAAGAUUUUGGGAACCCAAAAUCGUACCAUGGAACUGAUGAUAAGUAGCCCACCAAGACAAAAAAUGGCUUCAUCAUUUGAAAUGACUUGGGAUACAAAUGAUAUGGUUAUUAACACAAAUAACACAGUUUGCAUGUCAACGCCAAUUCUAGAACCCAUACAUACCACCUUUUCUAUAUCACCUAUUGCAGCACCAGAGAAAUGUAAUAAGUUAGACAGGAACAGUCAAGAUCUCAGAAAUUUACCAAGCCUGAAGAAGACCUCUCUAAAUGUAACUAAACCUAGUCUAGGAAAAUCAACAACCAAAACAAAUACCCCUGUAGGCAGUAAAGUUAGAAAAACUGAAAUUAUAAGCUACCCAAGACCAAACUUCAAAAAUGUCAAAGCAAAAGUUAUAUCUAGACCAAUAUUGCAGCCCAAAGACCCUGCUUUAUCAAAGGUCAUAACUAGACCCCAGUUAACCAGGGCCUCAUCAUCCUCACCAGUGUCCUCAAGACAGUUGACAGUUUUGAGCAAACCACCAAGAUCUGACUUGCAUGCAGACACAAAAGCAGAAAUCUUAAUUAACAAGACACACAAGCAACAAUUUAAUAAACUCAUUACUAGCCAGGCUGUACAUGUUACAACUCAUUCUAAAAAUGCUUCACACAAGUUUCCAAGAACAACAUCUGCCAUGAAAUCAAAUCAGGAAAAUGUUGACAGAGCAAGUUCUUCUAAUUCGGCAUGUGAGACUGGGUCUGUGGCUACGUUUUUCCAGAUCAAAGGCAUACUCCCUGUUAAGAUGGAAAGCACAGAGUGUCUGAAAAUGACAUAUGUUUCCAACAUCGAUGGGAUUAGCCCUGAAAAGAAGGGUGAAAAAGAAAAUGGGACACCUGUGGAAAAACAAGAACUUAAAAAGGAAAUUUUGAAUGAGACCUUUGAGUAUGGUUCUGUGUUUUCGGGUUCUGGUUCAAAAACUUCAGCCACCUUGGGUAGGAGUAUAUCCAAGCCUGAUUCCUCCAGUUUGAGAAAAACAACGGGUCCAAAAGCCAAAGUGGGGCCUUCUGUUUCCUGUUUGAGGCGAAAUAGCGGCAGUCGAACUCUCAGUUCUGAUGGAGCCUUGUCUCCUCAGAGAAUCAGACGUGUGUCCACAUCUGGAAAACCCUCAUCCUCGAAAACGGCACAGCCAUCUUGGGUGAAUUUGCCUAGACCACUUCCUAAGUCCAAAGCGGCUUUGAAAAGUUCUGCUCUGCGGAGGGCUGGAAGCACCACCUCCCUCACCAGCACCCACAGCGAUUUGAGUAUUUACAGCAAUAAUUCUGGCAAUGCCGCUGUCAUCAAGUAUGAGGAAAAACCCCCAAAACCAGCAUUUCAAAAUGGUUCUUCAGGAUCCUUGUAUUUGAAACCUUUGGUACACAGAGCUCAAGCACACUUACUCAAGACUCCCCCAAAAGGUCCUUCAAGAAAAAAUCUAUUUACAGCUUUAAAUUCAGUUGAAAAGGGCAGACAAAAGACUCCCAGAAGUUUAUGUAUCCAGACACAGACGUCUCCAGGUGCUCUGUCCUCUGAAAAAACACUCGAAUUGGCCCAGUAUAAAACAAAAUGUGAAAACCAGAGUGGAAUUAUCCUGCAGCUCAAGCAGCUUCUCUCCUGUGGUAACACCAAGUUUGAAGCAUUAACAGUUGUGAUUCAGCACUUGCUGUGUGAGCAGGAGGAAGCACUGAAACAACACAAAACCCUAUCUCAAGAACUUGUUAACCUCCGGGGAGAGCUAGUCACCGCUUCAGCCACCUGUGAGAAAUUGGAAAAGGCCAGAAAUGAGUUGCAAACAGCUUACGAAGGAUUUGUCCAGAAGCUAAACCAGCAACACCAGACUGAUCUAACAGAACUAGAGAAUCGGCUUAAAGAAUUUUAUACUGGGGAAUGUGAGAAGUUUCAGAACAUCUACAUUGAAGAGGCAGAGAAGUAUAAAACUCAACUGCAGGAACAGUUUGACAACUUAAAUGCUGCCCAUGAAACCUCAAAGUUGGAAAUCGAAGCUAGCCACUCGGAGAAAGUGGAAUUGCUAAAGGAGGCCUAUGAAGCCACUCUUGCAGAAAUCAAGAAAAGCCAUGAAAUGGAAAAAAAAUCACUUGAGGAUUUACUUUAUGAGAAGCAGGAGUCACUCGAGAAACAAAUCAAUGAUCUGAAGAGUGAAAAUGAUGCUUUAAAUGAAAAGUUGAAAGCAGAAGAACAAAAAAGAAUAUCAAGAGAGAAGGCAAAUUUAAAAAAUCCUCAGAUCAUGUAUCUGGAGCAAGAAUUAGAAAGCCUGAAAGCUGUGCUAGAGAUCAAGAAUGAAAAACUGCAUCAGCAGGACAUCAAGCUGAUGAAAAUGGAGAAAGUGGUGGAUAACAACACAGCAUUGGUUGACAAAUUGAAGCGAUUCCAACAGGAGAAUGAGGAAUUAAAGGCUCGGAUGGACAAGCACAUGGCAAUUUCAAGGCAACUCUCCACCGAGCAGGCUGUUCUGCAGGAGUCCUUGGAGAAGGAGUCGAAAGUCAACAAGCGACUCUCCAUGGAGAAUGAGGAACUGCUGUGGAAGCUGCACAACGGGGACUUGUGCAGCCCCAAGAGGUCCCCCACGUCCUCCGCCAUCCCCUUCCAGUCACCAAGGAAUUCUGGCUCCUUCCCCAGCCCCAGCGUUUCACCCAGAUGACCUUUUCCCAAGCUGGGAGACUGUCUGAAAGCCUUUUUACAGGUCCGCAGGGCUGACCUGCACCGGAGCAAGAGCUAUAUUAGCUGACGUGUAGUCACAACAAUCGAACUGGAAAGUCACCACCCCCAGAAUGGGCUCCUUGUAAGACUGGAACUCUGGAGGGAGACUUUUGACUUGGUCCAAGAGACUCCUCCCCAAAAAGAUCUCGGAAUUUGAUCUCCAUGGACGCUGUUGCACAAAGCACUUAAGGAACGAGACCUUCUUGUUCAUUGCCUUUUUCACCUAAGCAUAAGGGGAAAAACUCUCAGGGGCCUAUUAAGAUAAAGAUUUAUAACCUUUAUAAUGUUCUUGACCACAGACACCUUCUUGUGAUUUUUAUUUUGGUCUGGCUGGGGAUGUGUGAAUGAAAGGGAUGUAACAGUGUCCUGUGUCUGCUGCUGCCUCCUUUGCUGUAUAGUAAGAGUGGAAAGCUGAUUAUAUCUGGAUAUAUACUAAUCAAAUAAUAGUCAGUGUAUGCAGUUCAGCAAAAGCCAUAGAAGAGCAAUAGUUGCUUUAAUUAUGAUUCCUUACCACCAACUCCGCUCAGCCCUCUGACCUGGGAGGGGAGGGAAUGACCAGAAGAGCUUUGACAUGUCCACAUCUGGACAUUCCCCGUACCCUUUGGAGUAACUUCCUGGCAGUGUUUGUGUUUAGCCUUGUCAGUUGAAAGUAGCUCCAUUUUUUUUUCUUUUAGAUUUUUAACUUGUCCACGUAAACCUAAUAUUAUACUAAGAUCCAUCUUCUCAGGCAAUGAGCAAGUAUAGAACCCAAAUUUUUCUACAAAUCUGUAUAAAGAAAAAGGGCAGUAACAGUGGGGUUUUUUCCUGCCUUAUUUUUCACCUUGAUCUCAGUUGUCUUCAUGAGUUUGAACUGUCUUCUCUCCCAUUAUCCUCAUCUUCUCUCCCUCUCCCUCUCGAGAGCCACAAAAGCAAACCUUCUACCUCCUAUACUUAUAUUUCUCUGGGACGAGGAUAAAAACUAAGCUUUUCCAGAACCAGCUCAUCUUCAAGGUGCUGAAACCACUUUCUAAAUCAACUAAUGCCUGGAUCUGAUGGUACAAAGCUUGGAAAAACCCUGGAGAGGAUGAAGAACGAGAGAGUCAUUGGUUAACAGAACUGAGAUGAGAUUCAGUGCUUAUUGAUGAACAGGAGCACCUUGAUUAAACCAGUGAUGCAGUAUUUAAUAGAAAAAGAGUCUGGUGAGAUAACUAAGUUUCCACGUAUCCCUUGAAGAAUUCUGCCCUUGGGAAGGUAGCUGAAGGCUUGGCAACAAAGUAGAAAAUGUACCUUGUACAGCUCUCCUCCAAGCUGCAUUAUCUUUUUUAAAAAUUUAGUACCUCUCCCAAUUCUAAUACAUUGGGGGAGGUGGAAGGAAGAACUCUGUGGCUUUGUCUCUCUGUCCUUGCAUGUGUCAACUUUGUGAUGUCAGUAUUUACUAACCUGCGUUGCUGGCAUUUGAUGACUCUACAAAUAACCCCCCUAUAGUAAAAUACUGAAGGGGGAUAUUGGGCCAUCAUUUACAUGUACACUCAGUGCAAGUUAAUAUUCAUGAUGCAUGUUUAUUGGCGAAUUCUUUAACCUUCAAUAGUUUGUUUCAAAUACAGCCAGCCUUGUUUGCUUCUGAUAAAUGGAAAUGUAGGUUCACUGCCACCUCCUCAUCCUUCCAAGUAACUCUCAGUGUCAUCAGCCUAAGUUGGGUUAGCCAUUCAUCCCUUAUGCAUGUAAAUCUUGUGCUGUUCCCUGCUGUCCUCCAUGCCAUUUAGGUGUCUGGGGAAAUCAAUCUUACAAAAUUUAAAUAAGAGAGAAGAUAGGAAACAAAACAGAUCUUUGAUUUUUUUUUUUUCCAAACCAAAUGUUUCAUGUAGGAUGCAAAAUGUUGGCACUUCAUAAAAAUAUGAAUGUGUAAACAGCUGUAGUUGUGCUCAGUUUGUAGUGAUUAAAUGUGUAUUUUAUUUACUUUGAUCAAAUAAAUAAUGCUGGAAUAUUCAAUAUAAGUAUUGUAAUCUCUAGCAUUC